UUGUGGAGACCGUUGAUGCCAGCGGCAAAACUCUCGAGGGACCGGUCCCGCUGGAAAUCAUCGUCAUCGAUCAGAAUGACAACAGGCCCAUCUUUCGGGAAGGCCCCUACGUGGGCCACGUCAUGGAGGGUUCGCCGACAGGAACCACAGUGAUGCGGAUGACAGCCUUUGAUGCGGAUGACCCCGCCACCGACAAUGCCCUCCUGCGGUACAAUAUCCGUCAGCAGACGCCUGACAAGCCUUCACCCAACAUGUUCUACAUCGAUCCUGAGAAAGGAGACAUUGUCACCGUUGUGUCACCUGCGCUGCUGGACCGGGAGACGCUGGAAAAUCCCAAGUACGAACUGAUCAUCGAGGCCCAAGACAUGGCCGGACUGGACGUCGGGUUGACAGGCACGGCCACGGCCACCAUCGUGAUUGAUGACAAAAAUGACCACUCGCCCAAAUUCACCAAGAAAGAGUUUCAAGCCACUGUGGAGGAAGGGGCUGUGGGAGUGAUUGUCAACCUAACAGUGGAAGACAAGGAUGACCCCACCACGGGUGCAUGGCGGGCUGCCUACACCAUCAUCAACGGAAACCCCGGGCAGAGCUUCGAGAUCCACACCAACCCUCAAACCAAUGAGGGCAUGCUGUCUGUCAUCAAGCCCCUGGACUAUGAGAUCUCUGCGUUCCACACCCUGCUCAUCAAAGUGGAGAACGAGGACCCGCUGGUCCCCGACAUCACCUACGGUCCCAGCUCCACGGCCACCGUCCACAUCACCGUCCUGGAUGUCAACGAGAGCCCCGUGUUCUACCCGGACCCCAUGACGGUGACCAGGCGGGAGAACGCCUCUGUGGGCAGCGUGCUGCUGACCCUGAACGCCACAGACCCCGACUCCCUGCAGCAUCAGACCAUCAGAUAUUCUAUCUACAAGGACCCAGCCGGCUGGCUGAAUAUCAACCCCAUCAAUGGGUCGGUGGACACCUCGGCAGUGCUGGACCGUGAGUCCCCGUUUGUCCACAACAGCGUCUACACUGCCCUCUUCCUGGCCAUUGACAGCGGUGACCCUCCCGCUACAGGGACGGGGACUUUGCUGAUCACCCUGGAGGACGUGAAUGACAACGGCCCCUUCAUCUACCCCACGGUGGCCGAGGUCUGUGAUGACGCCAAAAACCUCAGUGUGGUCGUGCUGGGAGCCUCAGACAAGGAUCUUCACCCCAACACUGACCCUUUCAAGUUUGAGAUCCACAAACAGGCUGUCGCUGACAAAGUGUGGAAGAUCUCCAAGAUCAACAAUACGCACGCCCUGGUCAGCCUUCUGCAGAACCUGAACAAAGCCAACUACAACCUGCCAAUCAUGGUGACGGAUUCGGGGAAGCCCCCCAUGACAACGGUCACCGAGCUCAGGGUGCAAGUGUGUUCCUGCAGGAACUCCAAAGUGGACUGCAACUCGGCAGGGGCCCCACGCGCCGGCCUCGCCGCCCUCCUGCUCACCGCCCUCCUGGGGUUAGCGUGUCUGUGAGCACUCCUGACAGCAGCAGCUUGACUACCGAGUUUCCAUAGCAACGGGGGAGCGUGGGGGAGUGGAAACACACGCGAGUACACACACGCACACACACACACAUGCACACACACCCUCGUCCAAUCUGAAGACCUCCGUGUACAGUGAUGGAACUUCCCAACAGGCUGCCCUCGACCCGUAUCUUCAUUUCCUUUGCCACUUCACCCAGCCUGUCCGGUGUCGGCGUUCCGCAGCACCCACCUCCCUCCUUUCGUCACUGGAGUCCUCUGGGUUUCCCCCGGAUGGGGACAGAUGGUGACAAAGAACUGGGCCUCCCAGGAGCAGGGACAGCCUCGCAUCCUCGGAUGCACCAACUGGAAACUCUGCCUGGGGGUCCGCGUCUGUGUGUUGGUGGGAGUGUCUGUGGAGCAGAGACACCGCGUAUUAGGGGGAAGGGGCAGGGGAAGAGCCUGAAGCUACGGUGCCAUGCUUCCUCCGGAGGUUACAAAGAGGAGGGACCCUCCUUGGGGGGAUGGUCUCACCAUCAAAUGCAGCCCACCCAGCUGCCUCUUCCCCCUGCAGUUUUUCCACAUCCCACCCCACCCCUCAACCCCGUCACUGUCACGCCAGCCAGGCUGGUCCCAAAGGGAGAGAUGAGAGAAGUCUAGGGGGCUCCACGGUGGAGUUCCCCGGCUGCCCAGUGUCCUGAUCCACACCAGGGGGUGGCAGAGGAGCAGAGCAUGCCAUCAUGCCCCCAGAUGCCACGAAAAGGGCUCACUGUCCCUUCCUGGCCAUCAACCUGACACUUGUAGACUGCCCUGAACCCACAAGUUCAAAGCUGCACCUUGGCUUUCACCGUGGGUCUGUAGACAACUGCCUACAUCAUCUCAGACAGGAAGAGGCCAACAGGCAUCACCCUGGAGACACAAAGAGACCUACCUGUACAGACAUACAUAUAUAUACAAGCGCACACACGCCGCGCUCACACACACAGUCUGCCCCCUAUGUACACACAUAAAAGAGAUUAAAUGCAGGUAGUUCAAACAAAAUAGUAAACGUGUAUGAAUCGACUGCCAUCUUUGGCCAAGUGCGCUCACUGGGGAUGGGGGAGGCCUUGCCUUCUGUGCCAUGAGCGUGUCCACAGGGAGGAGGGGGUGAGUGCUCCUACCAGGAGCACCUUCCCGUGGAGAACCUGGGCACACAGCAGCACCCCAGCUCACACCAAACUUUUCUAUGGAAUUCUGCUCGUGAGAACCUGCAGCUUUGUCAUGCGGCUUGCCAUGACCUGGGUGGGGUAAGGUAAGUGUCUUAGCAUAUUUUAAUGCAGUUGCUUACUAAAGGUUUUAACCCCUGCCACCCCUCCCCCUGCACGUGGGUGCACCUGCGUGCCCCCCCACGCCCACACACAUGCUUCCUUAUGCAAUCUCUUUUCGCACCCGUGCUUGUUCGGUUGGCCUUCUGUAGGGAGUAGAGUCACCUGUUGUCUUUCCUGUAAUGACAUUAUGCGGAUGGAGUCCCACAUAUUGUAUUUGUUUCCGGUAGUAAAAUCUUUUGGGGAGCAUA